AUGAGCACUCCCUGGUCCCCCGACUCGUGGCGCGCCAAGCCCGUCGGCCAGACGGUCGAGUACCCGAGCCCUACGCCCUCCUCCUCGUCCUCCUCCUCGGCGGAACGGGAUCCCGACCCGGUCCUCUUCAAGCGCAAGCAGGGCCUCGAGGCGGUGGCGGGCAAGCUUCAGACGCUCCCUCCUCUCGUGUCUGCAGUCGAGAUCGAGCGCUUGAAGCUCAACCUCGCCAAUGUCGCCAACGGCAAGGCGUUCCUGCUCCAAGGCGGCGACUGCGCCGAGCUGUUCGACUACUGCACGAGCGAGAAGAUCGAGCACCGCCUGUCGCUCUUGCUCUCGAUGAGCCUCAUCCUCAUUUGGGGCAUGAAGCUGCCGGUCGUCCGCGUCGCCCGCAUGGGUGGCCAGUACGCCAAGCCUCGCUCGAGCCAGACCGAGGUCGUCGACGGCAAGACGAUCAACUCGUUCCGCGGCCACAACGUCAACGGCAUCGACCCCGACGACCGCCUGCCCGACCCGGAGCGCCUCCUGUCGGCCUACUUCCACUCGGCGGCGACCGUCAACCACGUCCGGUCGCUCCUCGCGUCGGGCUUUGCGUCGCUCCCGACCUCGGCGCACCAGUCCGUCCCGUGGUCGCUCCCGCUCGCGCACGUGCGCUCGCCCGAGCUCCUCAAGAGCUACGAGGAGAUCGUCGCCAACCUGAGCGGCGCCCUCGAGUUCAUGAGCGUCAUCGGCGUCGACCGCUCGGCGACGACCAACUCGGCGGCGGCCGCGCUCGAGUCGGCCGACAUCUUCAUGAGCCACGAGGCCCUCAUGCUCGAGUACGAGUCGGCCCUGACGCGCAAGCUGCGCGUGCCGGCGUUCGCGGCCAAGACCAAGGACGAGGAAGGGUGGUACUGCACGAGCGCGCACACGGUCUGGAUCGGCGACCGCACGAGGGCGCUCGACGGCGCGCACGUCGAGUUCUUCCGCGGCCUGCGCAACCCGGUCGGGAUCAAGGUCGGCCCGUCGAUGGAGCCUGACGAGCUCGUUCGCCUGCUCGGCAUCGUCGACCCGAACAAGGAGCCGGGCAAGGUCACCCUCAUCAGCCGGUACGGCGCAGAGCUUGUCGAGAAGAAGCUCCCGGCGCACAUCUCGGCGGUCCUGCAGUCGGGCCACAAGCCCAUCUUCGCGUCGGACCCGAUGCACGGCAACACGCGCACGUCGUCGGCGUUCCCGGGCGUCAAGACGCGCCACAUGCACGACAUUGUGUCCGAGAUCAGCGCGUCGCUGCGCAUCCACGCCUCGAUGGGCUCGCGCCUCGGCGGCGUCCACCUCGAGUUGACGGGCGACAUCACCGAGGACGGCCUGAGCGUCACCGAGUGCCUCGGCGGCAGCAUGCGGCUCGAGGAGGAGGAGCUCGGGCUCAGGUUCGAGAGCUACUGCGACCCUCGUCUCAACUUCGAGCAGGCCCUCGACAUCGCCUUCCUUCUCUCGCAGUCGGCCGGCAGCCGCGGCAGGGUCGACUCGCGUAUCCUCGAGGAGCUCGUGAGCCCGAGUCGCCCGGCGAGCACCGACAGCCGCCAGGCCCCGCCUGCGCAAGGACAGUAG